GCGUCGCUGUCCGUCCGCCUGUCAGUUGUCCGUCCCUCGCUCCGUUGUGUUCUCGCGCGUUCUUUACUCAUUCCUUUUUCCUGCAUUCCCCUAGCCGCCCGGGUGCCAGACACUGUUCUGGCCGCCGGGAGACUGCGGAGAACACGGUCCCAGUUCUCCUGUGAUCGGCAUCUGCUGCAGGGUUCCCCAACCUCCGCACCAUCGACCACGCGGUCCGGGUCGCUCUUUGCUGCGGGGGGCUGCCCUGUACAUUGUAGGAUGUGGAGCAGCCUGCCUGACUCUCGGCCGCUAGAUACCAGUAAACACCCGCUCUUCCUUAAUUGCGAUAACAAAUGUCUCCUGCGGGACAACUCCUCCUUAUUCCCGGUCUAGACAGACAGGGUGGUGAGAUGGACAAGAGAUAGUCAAAAUCAUGGGGAGCGGCGGUAUGUGCUGUGAAAGAAAGAAAGAGGGUGCUGAAAAAGAGAUGCUGCCCAAGGACCCUAGAUGCCUCUCUAGAGCAUGAGCUCGGGCAAGAGUGCCCGCUACAACCGCUUCUCUGGAGGGCCCAGCAACCUUCCCACCCCAGACGUCACCACCGGGACCAGAAUGGAAACGACCUUCGGACCCGCCUUUUCGGCCGUCACCACCAUCACAAAAGCUGAUGGGACCAGCACCUACAAGCAGCACUGCAGGACACCCUCCUCCUCCAGCACUCUUGCCUACUCCCCGCGGGACGAGGAGGACAGCAUGCCCCCCAUCAGCACUCCCCGCCGCUCCGACUCUGCCAUCUCCGUCCGCUCCCUGCACUCAGAGUCCAGCAUGUCCCUGCGCUCCACAUUCUCACUGCCCGAGGAGGAGGAGGAGCCGGAGCCACUGGUGUUUGCGGAGCAGCCCUCGGUGAAGCUGUGCUGUCAGCUCUGCUGCAGUGUCUUCAAAGACCCCGUGAUCACCACGUGUGGGCACACGUUCUGUAGAAGAUGUGCCUUGAAGUCAGAAAAGUGUCCUGUGGACAAUGUCAAACUGACCGUGGUCGUGAACAACAUCGCGGUGGCCGAGCAGAUCGGGGAGCUCUUCAUCCACUGCCGGCACGGCUGCCGGGCGGCGGGCGGCGGGAAGCCCCCCAUCUUUGAGGUGGACCCCCGAGGGUGCCCCUUCACCAUCAAGCUCAGCGCCCGGAAGGACCACGAGGGCAGCUGUGACUACAGGCCUGUGCGGUGCCCCAACAACCCCAGCUGCCCCCCACUGCUCAAGAUGAACCUGGAGGCCCACCUCAAGGAGUGUGAGCACAUCAAAUGUCCCCACUCCAAGUACGGGUGCACGUUCAUCGGGAACCAGGACACUUAUGAGACCCACCUGGAGACUUGCCGCUUCGAGGGCCUGAAGGAGUUUCUGCAGCAGACGGACGACCGCUUCCACGAGAUGCACGUGGCGCUGGCCCAGAAGGACCAGGAGAUCGCCUUCCUGCGCUCCAUGCUGGGCAAGCUCUCGGAGAAGAUUGACCAGCUAGAGAAGAGCCUGGAGCUCAAGUUUGACGUCCUGGAUGAAAACCAGAGCAAGCUUAGCGAGGACCUCAUGGAGUUCCGGCGGGACGCAUCCAUGUUAAAUGAUGAGCUGUCCCACAUCAACGCACGGCUGAACAUGGGCAUCCUAGGCUCCUAUGACCCUCAGCAGAUCUUCAAAUGCAAAGGGACCUUUGUGGGCCACCAGGGCCCUGUGUGGUGUCUCUGCGUCUACUCCAUGGGUGACCUGCUCUUCAGCGGCUCCUCUGACAAGACCAUCAAGGUGUGGGAUACAUGUACCACCUACAAGUGCCAGAAGACACUGGAGGGCCACGAUGGCAUCGUGCUGGCUCUCUGCAUCCAGGGGUGCAAACUCUACAGUGGCUCAGCAGACUGCACCAUCAUUGUGUGGGACAUCCAGAACCUGCAGAAGGUAAACACCAUCCGGGCCCACGACAACCCGGUGUGCACGCUGGUCUCCUCACACAACAUGCUCUUCAGUGGCUCCCUGAAGGCCAUCAAGGUCUGGGACAUCGUGGGCACUGAGCUGAAGUUGAAGAAGGAGCUCACAGGCCUCAACCACUGGGUGCGGGCCCUGGUGGCUGCCCAGAGCUACCUGUACAGCGGCUCCUACCAGACAAUCAAGAUCUGGGACAUCCGAACCCUCGACUGCAUCCACGUCCUGCAGACGUCUGGCGGCAGCGUCUACUCCAUUGCUGUGACAAAUCACCACAUUGUCUGUGGCACCUACGAGAACCUCAUCCACGUGUGGGACAUUGAGUCCAAGGAGCAGGUGCGGACCCUCACAGGCCAUGUGGGCACUGUGUAUGCCCUGGCGGUCAUCUCGACACCAGACCAGACCAAAGUCUUCAGUGCAUCCUACGACCGGUCCCUCAGGGUCUGGAGUAUGGACAACAUGAUCUGCACGCAGACCCUGCUGCGUCACCAGGGCAGCGUCACCGCGCUGGCCGUGUCCCGGGGCCGACUCUUCUCAGGGGCUGUGGAUAGCACUGUGAAGGUUUGGACUUGCUAACAGGAUCCAGGCCAGGCCGUGGCUUCCCCUGGACCAGCCCUGGACCUGUCUGAGCCAGGCUGGCCACAUGGGGUGGUCUCGGGGUUUCUGCCUGCCCUAUGGGCACAGGUGGACAGGCUUUGGCAGCCGGGCAGUGCCCUCCCUGCCCAAUGCUCGGCGAGCCUCCCUCUACUCGGCACUAUCCUCGCUGCCCAGCCCCUCUCUCUGGGUGCCAGGUACGACGCUUGCCCCGGCCCACCCUCCAUCCCCACCCUAGAUGGAGCGAGGGCCUUUUUACUCACCUUUUCUACUGUUUUUAGACUGUGUGUAGAUUUGGUUACUUCCUGGUGGAAAUAAACACUCCACAGACUGUG